UUUUGCUGAUUCUGAAUUCCCACAAGCUCCCAGCUCGUCUUCCACGCCCCAAAUCCACAAUGAAGUGCGAAAGAUUUCUCACCAUCCCCGUCUCUGCGGUGUUCCUGUCGAUGGGUUUCGUCUAUUACAUCACAAUUUUCGUUUUCAUGGAGGAUUGGGUCGGGUUGCAGAGCUCAGCCGGAUCUUUGAACUCUCUGAUUUUCUCUUUCUUGUCUUUUCUUUGUCUUUUCUCUUUCUUUUCUUGUGUUCUGAUUGACCCAGGUCUCGUCCCGGCUUCGUAUAUCCCUGAUGUUGAGGAAAGUGGGGGCUCGGAUAAGGAAACCGACAAAAAUGUUGCACAGUCAACGCGUUGUGACAAGUGCUCUACAUACAAGCCUCCUAGGGCUCAUCAUUGCCGCGUCUGCAGAAGGUGUGUUUUGAGGAUGGAUCAUCACUGUCAGUGGAUAAAUAAUUGUGUUGGCUAUUGGAACUAUAAGGCCUUUUUUAUACUUGUCCUAUAUGCAACUAUAGGUAGCAUCUACUCUACGGUUAUUGUAAUAACCUGUUCAUGUCAAAAGGAUUUUGGCGGAAAGGUUUCCCUCAAGACUUUCUAUAUUAUUUGCGGAGCAGCGAUGAUUGGCUUGAGUGUAACACUAGCAACUCUUUUGGGUUGGCAUAUCUACCUUAUCAUUCAUAAUAUGACAACCAUAGAGUAUUAUGAUGAAGUAAGGGCAAUGUGGAUGGCUAGGAAAACUGGUCAGAGCUAUCGACGUCCAUUUGACCUUGGUGUUUACAAAAACAUUACCUUGGUCCUGGGUACAAACAUGCUGAAAUGGUUGUGCCCCACGUCUGUGAGCCAUCUAAAAGAUGGCCUCACCUUCCCUAUUUCACGUGACAAUUCAUAAAGAUUUUCUGGAGUUUCAUCAUUUUAUUCUCUUCGCAAUGUGAAAUUAAAAAAGCUAGAAGCUGACCAGAAGCAAUGUAGGUUUAUUUCGGGAUAACGCUGAGCAAGAUUUGAGGUUCAAUUAGGUAUGUCAGAAAGUUCACAUCGACACGACACGACACGAUACGAUACGCUGACGGUAAGUUGAUUGUUGUUCUCUCUUACCAAGCUGGAGUACCACGCCAUGAAGUUCUUGCAACACAUGAUUGGAAAUUGUUUGGUUAUAUAUGUAACACACACACACGAUGACUUCACAUUGAUGUCAUUACAUGUUAUAUCCUGUCGCAAUGAUACUGUUUAUAGUGUUGAUAGAUUUUCCUGUGUGCUUUCUUCGUUUGUAAAUUCACUGAUGCAUUAUUGUUGGUCCAUUAAUUUUACUGUUUCAUUGUUAAGAAAUAAUAAUUGCUUUGAGAAUUCACUUCA